AUGAGCAAGCUGGUCGAGAAGGACCCGAGAACCAUCCACAACGUGAGCGGCUUCCUGGUCGGAGUGAUGAAGCGAGUGAGGAUGGAGCACGGCAUCGCCGAGGUAGAGGAGGGCGGCAGCAAGGCCGCCGCCAAGCCAGACACGUCAGACGACGAGGAGGAGGAGUCAGAGGGGGAGAGCUCGGAGUCAGAGGAGGAGGAGGAGAGGCCCGCCAAGACACCAGGCAAGCCCCAGCAGCAGCAGCAGCAGCAGCAGCGUACGACGACGGCGGCAGCGGGCACGCCAGGGUCAGGGAGCAAGGGCAAGGGCAGCAAGGCCGAGGGCGGGGAGGGCAGCAAGGCCAAGGCAGGAGGAGGGGCCGGGGCGGUAGAGGCGAGGAUCGCAGAGCUGGAGGAGGCCGGGACGCUGAGGCGGGGGGCGAUCGACGAGGGGGCGAGGAAGCAGCUGCUGGGGCUGCCGGAGAAGGUGGGGCUGGAGGUGAUGAGCAAGCUGGUCGAGAAGGACCCGAGAACCAUCCACAACGUGAGCGGCUUCCUGGUCGGAGUGAUGAAGCGAGUGAGGAUGGAGCACGGCAUCGCCGAGGUAGAGGAGGGCGGCAGCAAGGCCGCCGCCAAGCCAGACACGUCAGACGACGACGAGGAGGAGGAGUCAGAGGGGGAGAGCUCGGAGUCAGAGGAGGAGGAGGAGAGGCCCGCCAAGACACCAGGCAAGCCCCAGCAGCAGCAGCAGCAGCAGCAGCAGCGUACGACGACGGCGGCAGCGGGCACGCCAGGGUCAGGGAGCAAGGGCAAGGGCAGCAAGGCCGAGGGAGACGCUGAGUCGUCAACAGAAGAUGCAUCUGUUUCCACUCCCGUAUGUCCCGAAUGUUCUGAUGAAUUGCUUUCUUUUGACAAAGCUGCACCGACUCGCAAGGGUCAAGUUGCUCGCUGCUUCAAUUGCGGUCAAUCCGGCCAUGUCGUCGCCUCCUGUACUUCACCCAAGGUACGUCGAAAGGAAGAGGAGGAGGAGGAAGACGAAGAGGAAGAAGAAGAAGAGGAGGAGGAGGAGCACCAGCACCAGCACCAGCACCAGGAGGAGGAGGAGGAGGAGGAGGAGGAGGAGGAGGAGUGGUACUAUUAG